AUGGGCAUUGAAGUAAGAGAGCAUGUGUUGAAAGGAGAGCAGCUUGAAGUUGUAUUUUCCAAAAUUAACAUGGUAGAUUUACCGUUGGGAGCUACAAAACGUCGAGUUUUUGGGACGAUUGAUAUUGAAAAAGCACUGACCGAGGGUGUGAAGUUGUUUGAGCCUGGUUUACUGGCGAAAGCUAAUAGGGGGAUUCUAUAUGUAGACGAAGUUAAUCUCUUGGAUGAUCACUUAGUUGACGUCUUAUUGGAUUCUGCUGCAUCGGGUUGGAAUACAAUGGAGAGAGAAGACAUUUCAAUCGCACAUCCUGCCCGGUUCAUCUUAAUUGGUUCAGGAAAUCCUGAAGAAGGGGAACUCAGGCCACAACUGUUGGAUAUGUUUGGAAUGCAUGCUCAAGUGGGGACUGUGAGGGAGGCUGAGCUAAGGGUGAAGAUUGUGGAGGAGAGAGCUCGUUUUGACAAAAAUCCGAUUGAGUUUCGAGAUUCUUACAAAGCUGAGUAG